AUGUCAGACCCCAUGGCAGGCUUGGUAUUCCCUGUUGGCAGAGAGCGCCUCGUCCCGUUUGACGCGGACGACCACGAGAAACAUGAGGCGGUCAAGCGAGCACAGAUGGGUCAAGGUAUCACCCACGGAGACCACGAACCUAUCAUGAGCUUGUCCGUCGAUAGUCAGGCACUCCCCCGGGUCUCAGAGCGCGUAUGCGCAGAGCUCCAGGCAUCCUCUGACCAUGGGUCGUGCGACAAGGUCGAGCUGCAGCCUAGCUCCGUUUUUGACAUCAAGGAGAUCGCACUGCCUGCAGCCGAGCAUACCUACUUCUCCGAUGCACACCAGGAGAUGAUCAGCGGCCCAAUGACAUUCGCUUCGCCUGAUCUGGAAGACGGCCGCUACACUCUGGCCGAUACAGCCCUUCCUCAAACCGGAGCGAACGGCGCGACCGCACUCGGCAUCUACAGCAUCGCCGUCGGGUCCAGCUUCCCUCCCCACGCCAUAGUCGGGACCUUGGAUGGGAGCCUCCAAAUCGCGGUGGUCGUUGUUGGCGCAAUUUUCGCUUAUAGACGUUCGGAGGCGGUGAGAGAAUUCGUGGGAGAGUUGAUGGAGGGGCUGAGAGCUUUGCGACGGGGACUGAGGAAUUUGCGGGGGUUGGUUUUACGCGGUCUCGCUGCCACAGGUGGAGCGAUCGCCCCUCGGUUCGGCCUAGAGAUGCGGUUGCGGGCAACGGCCCCUGCCGACGCUGCCUUUUCGUCGACGGCGCAGCCCACCCACGCGGGUGCGAACCCAGGUUCCGGUACCCAAGCUCACGGAGCCGUGCCCGUCGUCCCUGUCGUGCCCGUCGUCCCUGUCGUCCCUGUCGGUCCUGUCGGUCCUGUCGGUCCUGUCGGUCCUGUCGUCCCGGUCGUCCCCGUCGCUCCCGGCGUCUCACUCAUCGAAACGGCGCCGGUAUUCUCCCUCAACACUACUCCGGAUGGAUCGACCGCUUUUGACUUGGACCGCUCCGAGGACCCGAAGGGUGCCGCCCUCGCCCCCUGCCCGUCCUCUCCAUCCCCAAGCCGACUCGUCCCUGGCGCAAGCGCAGUCAAAACCCCUUCUACUCAUCUUCCCGCUUCGAGCGGACUGGCAGUGGGGCAGGCACCGGCCCCUGCCAACGCUACCCUUCCAUCGGCGGCGCAGCCCACCCACACAGGUGCCGACCCAGGCCCACUCUCCGACCCGGCCACGGUAUCCUCCCUCAACACUCCUCCGGAUGGAUCGAUCGCUUCUGACUCGGACAGCUCCGAGGACCCGGAGGGUGCCGCCCCCUGCCCUUCCUCUCCAAUCCCAAGCCAACUCGUCCCCAGCGCGAGCGCGGUCAAAACCCCUUCUACCCAUCUUCCCGCGUCGAGCGGACUGGGAGUCUCCCUUGAGAUGUCCACUCCGCCCUCUGCGGGCAACGCGGACCGAGCUCGGUCCACAGCGGCGUACAAGGCGGGCGAGGCGGACGAGGCGGACGAGACGGACGAGGGCGAGGGCGAGGCGGAAAUCGGGCAGGAGAAUUGA